GUCGUAAACGUCAACUACCAUUGUCAUAGUAAACAGCUGUCAUCAGUUGUCACUCUGACGUUAAUGACAUUGUUUCAUAUCUGUUUUGUUUUAUUUGAUUCAUUAAAGAUGUGAUUAUAAUAUGAUUAAGUAGCCUUCAGUUUAUUGUUUUUCGUCGAUUCGUCGCUGAAUAUGGCUGACCUCGCUGAAGAUUUGGCAAAUUGGAUGGGAAAUCUACCGGACGAUUUGCAGAAAGUGCCUAUCAUCCAUCUGGCCAUACCAGGAUCACAUGAUAGCUGCACAUAUCCUAUUACUUCAAGAUCAAAGAUCGCACCAGACGCGGAGACUGCUAUUUUAAGACUGAGAUGGCUAGGGUGCAUUUUAAAGUGGGUGAUGAGUAGGUGGUCAAAGACCCAAGGAUUUGAUGCUUCUGGACAACUGCAGGCAGGAAUACGUUACUUCGAUUUACGCAUUGCAACUAAACCGAAUGACUGUCUGCAUUUUGUACAUGGUUUGUACGCGGCUCCCGUUCCUAUCGUCCUCCAUCAAAUCAAUGAUUUCUUAAAUUCACAUUCCAAAGAGGUAGUCAUAUUGGACUGCCAACACUUCUUUGAAAUGGAUAUCGAUGAUCACAUUCACUUUGUUGACAUGAUCUUUGAUACCUUUGGAUUAAAAGUUUUGACAUGUGACAACUAUUAUAUGAAACAUUUGAGUUUGGAUUAUUUGGCAGAACAUAAGUUUCAGGUAAUUGUUGUGUAUAGACUUAAACAUUUUAAACAUCCUUUUUAUCCUGCUGGGUGUUACCCAACACCUUGGCCUAACACUACAAGUACAAAGGAACUGAUUCAAAUUUUGUCCAGCGAUUUGAAACGACGAAAUAAUAACUAUGGCUACAUAAGUCAAUUCAUUUUAACACCUAGAAAGUCCACAGUAUUAAAAUAUGUUUUUGGUGGUAAUUUGAAGAAAUUCAGUGCAGAACCACUGUAUACAGACAAAAUGAACUGGAUUGAAUCUCAGAAACCAGGCAAGUAUGGUGUGAAUGUCAUUAUUGGUGAUUUCGUUGACAUCGAGAAUUUGAAAUUCUCACGAAGCGUAAUUAAUUUGAAUAACAAAUUACUAGCAAAACCUGAGCCGGACUGUUAUUUAACGGAACUGCCGCCUAUAACAACUUAAAAUUUAACUGUAUUUAUAUUUUAUGGAGCUUUUAAUUAAUUCCAUCCAAUUAAUUAUUUGUGAUAUACUAGUCAGGAAAAUGUAUUUUGAAGAUCAGGUAUAUAUUAUAUAGCUUUGUUUUAGGUUUAGAUUUAAGGCUAGAAGAAAAAUUAGUUUAUUAUUUUCUAUCAUUUAAAGAAUUUGUGAUAAUCUUUUAUUAUCAUUUAAAUAAUACAAAUAAAAGUGGAAAUGAGAUAACUUUGUUAUCUCAACUUAUUUAUCCCGCACUUCUAAAUAAACAAAUUAUACAAUCUGCAAACAACAAUGUAACUUUAAGUUACAAUAAUUAAAAAAA